GUAAAUCCAGGGGGGAUUAGUGAGAACACAGUGAGCUGUAAACCCUUCAGUAGCUCUCCAAGAGGUCUUUGCCUUAGUGCGUAAAGUUGGGAAGGGGGCUUCGGACGCACUGCGCAGCACUUAUUAUCCUACAGGCUCCAUGUGCGUCUCCUCUGCGGGAUACUUGACAGGGAUUUGUGAUAUUUUGAUGGCACUACCCGCGCGGGUCACUGACAGAUGAAAACAGUGGCGUUUGGCGGAUGUUAAGGCGUUUUCACUCGAGAAGAUCAUUUGUCCCGGAGCGCAAAAAGGGACAUGGGUCAGCUUUAUGGUGCGACUCUUUUACCAUUUUGCGUUUUCUGUGUCGUUUUCCUCUGGGAAUCUGCUGCCAGCUCCAUCAGGACGACGCUUGCAAUGGACACCUCAGGAAUGGAGUGUCCUGAUAAUAAAAUCUUGACGGUGGAAUAUCCCUGCAUUAGGGCCGAUGGGAAGAAUGGCACUUGCUUCAGGAGGAAGUGCUGUAAAGGAUUCAGAUUUGUGAUGGGCCAGUGCAUACCUGAAAGUGUGGAUGUGUGUGCUGCGUCACCUUGCGAGCAGCAGUGCACUGAUAACUUUGGACGAGUUGUCUGCACAUGCUAUCCUGGAUAUCGCUUUGACCGAGAAAGACACCGCAACCACAAAUCUCCAUACUGCCUGGACAUUGAUGAGUGUGAGGCCCCAGGCAGCAGUCUGUGUGACCAGGAGUGUGUGAACACAGUGGGCAGCUUUGAGUGUCGCUGUCGCAGUGGUUACAUACUUGCAUCGGAUCAACGCUCUUGCAUUGCCAUACACAACUUGAGCUCAUCAGGGAAGUCAGAUACCUUGAUGAGUUCUGGUACCUGCUCAUUCACCUGUCAAGAUUUUAUGAACAUGAAAAAUAGUUUACUGCAGCUGAAACUCAAGCUGGGAAAUACACACUCACCCAACCAGGUACCUGGCUUGGCCAACAGCAGUAAUAAACCAAGUCUGGGACGAGCAGGAAAAAAACCUGAUGGCCCAUGCCUUUCUGGUCUUCCUGGCCCUCCAGGAGCUCCUGGCGUCCCAGGACACCCAGGGCAACCUGGAAUGAGAGGUGACCUUGGGGAGAGGGGCCCUCCUGGACCUCCUGGCCCUCGGGGAGACAUGGGACCUAUGGGUCCAGAGCCUGACCUAAAGCACAUAAAGAGAGGCCGCAGGGGGCCAGUGGGACCACCCGGGGCGCCAGGAAGAGAUGGAUUAAAGGGUGACAGAGGAGCGCCAGGUCCCAGAGGCCCACCUGGUCCACCUGGCUCCUUCGACUUUCUUUUGCUAAUGAUGGCUGACAUCCGAAAUGACAUAAUCGAACUGCAAGAGAAGGUGUUUGGGGAGCAGCGGGGAAUCUCUCUGGACAGUCCUCCUCAUAACAGCGGGGAAGCAGAUUUUGUAGAGUGGGGCUCUGGAAAAGGAGAUCACAUGCUUAAUACCUGACCUCUAACGUCCACCUCAGAGUAACAAUUACUUGAUCCCAGCAAACAACAUAUCAAUCCUGACUCUUUGCUUAGAGGAUAAUGGAUGCUGGCGGUCAAAAUGUUAGUGUGUACAUAAUUCCUAAACUUAUGGCUGGGAUGAGCCUUGCUUGAACUUCAACAAUGGUACAGACAGUAAAAGAGAGCAACCUAAAUUUUGAAAUCUGAUGCUUUGACCACUGCAAGCGCUGUUUUGCUUCCUUUCAAGUGGAUGUGAGAGUGAAGGGUGUGCGUGCAGGACAUGGAGUGAGAAAGAUGCCGCGUGAGCCUUUAUGUCUGAGUCUCUGAGCUGUGCCUCUGAGCAGAACCACUUCAAACGACCGACUUUAUCGUCUACAUCUCUUCCUGUUUCUGAGUCUGUUCAUGAAAGCUCUGCUGUGCCACUCACAGUUUGCCUCCAGGGCACUGGUAUGAGGACCCAGGCCCUGCGCUGUUACCCUCCUCAGCACCUGCCUGUGGCAUCCAGCCAUGAACACUGACUGUGCAACUAACCUCUGAGGGGGUCUUCAGAAAAUAAAGAUAUAUGAGUAUGGUAUUGUUAAAAUUAAAAUGAAAGAAGAUCAAUUUUAAUAGAAAAAACAUUUAACACAUAGCAAUCACCUGAUAUGUACCACUUAGCAAUAAUAUGAAGUGAUGUAAAUGAUUUUAAAAAGUAAAAAAUGGACACAUAAUAAUCUUUAAACUCACUUGUUUAAUGGGUUCAUUAUGAACAUGUUCAAGAAGAAUGUUGAACAUCUUUUAAAAUUGGAGGAUGAGCCAGCAAGACAGACAAGAAGACAGCUGGUCAUUUAUUCUAUUUUAUUUUAUUUUUUUAAGUAAAUUAUGAAAAGGGUCAACUGAGUGCUUGUCAAGGUUUGUCUUAAUGUAGUUAUUUUGUAGUUUUCCAUUUGAAUUUGUUGUCCAUCAGUUUCAAAAGAUGUAAUAAUUAGUUGGUUUUCAACAAAGCAUGUAGCAAAAGUUACAGAGGAGAAUGAGAGCCAUGUUAAAAACAUAUAUAUUACUGAUUAUUUUGAGAGUAAAGUCAAAAUGUCGAGAUUACAGCUGUUGUUAUAAGACAAACUGCCACAGCUGCUAUACUCUCUAAAAUGCCUUGAUAGAUGAGUUAGUGAAAAGAAACUGAUCAGUCAUCUUAUCGUGUCUUGUGACACAACAUUCAUGCUGUUUAUUGUAACCAUUGAUACCCUUACAUCUGUCAACCGCCAGCCAUUUCAUUUUGCCAAAUCCACUCUUCUGUGUUUGUGUGUUUUUUUCCAUCUGACCAGAAGCAGCUUUCUUCACCUUAUACUGAUCACUAUACUGUGUUUAUGUGCUAAAGGAUUGAUAAUUUCCUGGACAAUAUCAGUGGACAGCAACAUCAGGAAGAAGGAGCACAACAAAAUAAAGCAGAUGUGGAAGUUAAAGCCCAAGAGGUCCCAAAAGAGUAGAGCCAGGAGCUCUAACUCUAGAAACAGCACACUAUUCAGAAUUCUCAAAUUACACAGAGCAAUAAUAUAUACACAAAUAUAAAACAGCUAAUAAUCGCCCUAAAUGGUCUAUUUUACUUCAGUUCAGCAUAAUAAAAUUUUUAUAUGAAAAAUGUUUUAAAGGGUUGCUAGGAGCAACCAGAAGCAUCGCUAUCAGGAUUUAUCCUCCCCAUAUGAAAAUAUGAACACAGUUUAAAAUGUGUCCACUAUAAGUACAUUACAAUGGAAAACUCAGUAAACUAAUUUGAGACUCUAGUAUUUUCAUCUGGAUGAUUUUGGUGCUGAAUAAAUGUGUAUAAUAAUAAUAAUAAUAACAUAAUAAUCACCAAUUCAGUUUGAUAAGACAACCUGAGGGUUUUUGUGCCAUAAAUGGAUUAAUAGCAAUUGCCAAAUUUAUAGCCCACUCAUACUCAUACUCUUUCAAUUUAUGUCCCAAGGGGGUUGGAGCCUGUCCCAGAUGACACUGGGUAAAAAACAGACUACACUCAUACCAAUUCCAACUCUAACAUGCACUGUUGCUGCACUGAAAAAGCAAGGUUGAGUAAUUGUGAAAAACAGACACAGGCACAACUCACAAAGAAAGACCCAGCCAACAGUAGUUUGAAAUCCAGAAACCUUCUGAGACAUAGUGCACUAACUACUCACCACUAAAAAGAGUAUAGCCAGACUCAAAUUCCCUGCUUGUGUGCACAAACUUGGCCAAAUAAAGAUGAUUCUGACUUUCAAACCAAGUGUGGAUUUAUUCAGUGCCACCAGCAGAGGGUGCUAAUUCUCAGAUGGUGCUUUCUCAAAGCAAAGCGUUGCGUUCUUUAAUUUGCUUUGUGAAUCCCACCCAGGUUUUUACUUACCUGAUCAAAGGGCCCUGCCACCAAACCAUCACAUACUUAGAAGGUGUUUAUAUUUCUCCAUG